AUGGAGGAGGAUGUCCCUCAGCCGCCACAGAUGGAGCAGGCCGCUGAUGAUAUUCAUGAUACUUCUGCACAUCCUGAUGCUGAUGAAUCGGAUGAUGCUGAUGAGUCGGAUGAUGCUGCUGAUAAUGAUGAUCAGGAUCAGCAGACCGGAUUUCCCGAAGGACCGACGGAUCGUGGAUCACUAAAGGUAAUUACUCACGGAUUGAAACUGAAGAAGUUUGCGGAAGUUCCUAUGCCAGCUCCUGUAGAGCAUUGGAUUCAGGAAUUUGGGCUGAUGCAUCUAUCUUUAGGCUACCUCACAAUGGCUGAUGCUGACUACUCGUGGGCUUCAACGGCAUUAGUUUUCCUUUAUGACAACUUGGGAGAUGGAGCUGUCCACGACACUCGACAGCUAGGAGGUUACAUGAGCCUACUACAGUGUUGGAUUUACGAGCACUUCCCUAGGAUCUGUAAGCGGGGUGAUAGAGGAGUGGUUCCUGCGCAUCUUCCAAGAGCAUGUAGGUGGACUGCAAAACAUGUUGUUGAAGGUGGAUUGAUGGCAUAUCGUCGGAGACUUGAUGGGUUGUUGCUCGAGGGUGUAGUGUUUAAACCAUAUGAUGAUGAUCGAGCUAAUCAUCCGUUUGUAACGAUGUCGAUGUUUUCUGGAUAUCUUCGAUGUGGUGGAGUCUCAGUCCCAUAUUUUCCAGAGCGAUGUCUUCGACAGUUUGGUCGUAUUCAGUGCAUUCCGCGUGACGUUCCUCCGAUGCCGGACAGUAUAGAUUGGGUCUGGCAGAUUACUAUGAGAUCAUCUGUAGAGACCUUUCGGAGACUAUAUCAUGUUGCGACUUUUCCUGGAGAGGUCACUGCAGACUACUAUGCAUGGUACAUUAGUGUUUUACAUCCUCUGAUUCUCCCUCCAUCCACUGUUGCACCUUCGAGUCCACAUACUACUGUUGCUGGCCAUGCUGGUCCAUCAUCGUCUGCACAUGCUGGUAGAGACCGUAGAGAUUGUAGAGACCGUAGAGCAGUUGAGCUUGCACAUAGGGCCUUAGAUAUGGUAAGACCAUUUAGUGAGAUUCAUGAAAUAUUGAGUGAAUUAUGUCGCUUGUAUGACGAUUAG